AUGCGCCUCCUGGAUCUGUUGCCGAAUGACUCUUGGCUCGCGUCGAAAUCCUCGGGGUCGUCGUCCUUCGCGCUCCUGCGCAGACCGGACGACCGACCCGUUCCAUCCGUGUCCGUGGCGGACAUGCGAGCGCACAUCGCGUUCUUGCGCGCGGUGCACGUGCACUCGACGCGCGACGAGUCGUCGUCCCUGUACGUCGACGGACCCCCGCUCCGCGCGGCGGUCGGCGACUACCUCGCGUGGCUCGCCGAGGUGUCCCUCGGGCCUUCGGCCAGCCCGGGCCCUUGCCCCGGCGAGAUGCUCGUGACGCGCGCGCCCACUUUGCCCGUCGCGUGGUGCUGGCACGUCCAUCGCCUCGACCCGCACGCGUACGUGCGCGACUGCGCCUCGCUCGUGGGCGCGGUGCCGUACCCAGUCCCGGGCGUGGGCUUCGCGUCGGACGAGGAUCAAGUCGCAUCGCCUCAGCGACGGAUCGACCCACCCGAUCCAGUCUCGUCAUCUUCCCACCUCGCCGACAUCCUCGUCGCGGCGAUCGGCCGCCACGCGCCGUUCCUGUGGCAGGUAUCGGGCGCGGCGUAUAACGACGACGCGUUUCUCCUCUCCGCCGCGAGCCGAUACGAGGAAUUCGUGGCGAUGACGGUGAGAGCCCGCGGCGCGUCGCUGGCGCCCCCACUCGACAUCGACCUCGCGUGGCACACGCACAUGCUUCGCGACUCCGAGUACCUCCGCGAGAGCGCGAGGAUGCGCGGCGUUGAACUCGGCGCGAUGGCGCACGAUAACGGCGAGGGGAUGGGCGCGCACGGAGAUACGAGCCGGCUGGAGGCGCCGUGGGCGAAAACCCUCGCGGCGUUUCGCGAAACCGUCGACGUCUCCGAGACGGACGGGGCGACGGCGAUGAAGUCGGCGUUCGAGGCGGCGGUUCCUCGCGGCGCGCGUCACAGGGGGUACGCGCCCGCGUGGUGGUUCGCUCGCGGCGAGAGCGUGGUGGUCGUCGACGACUUCCUCUCCCCCGAAGAGUGCGAGGCGAUCGUCUCGCAGAUGCCCGGCCCGGAGUCCGCCAUGAACUGCCCGAGCGGCAAAAAGGCGCAGAUGUACGUGGACGGGGACGCGUCUGUGGAGGCGAGGAUCCGCGCCGCCGUGUCCGUCGGACUCGGGUUCGAGGGCGAGCCCGAGGCGUCGAAAUCGAGCCUGGUGCUCGAGGAUAUCGUCAACCGCGAGACGGGAAUCGGCGGAACUCGAUCCGAUCAGUUCGACCCGCAUCGCUCGUUGACCGUGGAGCGCACCACACCGACCGUCAAGCUUCCCGCGCGGGUCUCCGUCGGCACGAUGCAUCCGCAUCGCGAUCGACUCGCCAUCUACACGCUCGAGGGCGAGACGAUGUUCGAGGACGAUACCCUCACCGCCGACGGGUACACGUGCGUGGUGUACCUCAAGGCGGACGGCGGAACCCUCGUGCUGGAACCGGACGAGUGCCCGGGAUCCGGCGACGCGAGCUGGACGCCCCCGGGCGCGAAGCUGACGCGUCGCGAGAUCGACGUCCGGCCGGGUCGGCUCGUCGCGUGGCCCAACCACGCGUUCAAGCACUGCGCGGGACGCCGUGACGUCGUCGAGGGCGAAGACGCCGUCGCCGAGUCGAGGUGGUUGCUCGGGCCGUUUCACUUCACCCCCGGUCGCGCGCGGCUGCCGCAGGUGGGCGACUGCGGCUCGGCCGGGUCCUACGACACCGGACCAUCCAAACCCCCUCCGCCGCCGUUUGAGUUGGCCGAUAUCUGGCCCGAUCACAAGGUUGAAUGGGAUUUCACGCCGCCGGAGCCUCUGAAAAUGCACCGCUCGGGCGAAGCGUUUCAACAAAAGCUGCGUGCCGACCUCAAUCGGUUCGCGGGGACGUACAAGGCCGUCUUCGAGAAGGGGGAAAUCUCUCUGGGCGACGAACCGUUCAAAUUCUUCGGGUUGCUUAGUUAUCAGCCGCUCAAUCUCUGUCUUCUGCCCUUCAUGUUCAUCCCGUUCAUCGGCUGUACCACCGUGAAUGUGUCGCCGACGUAUCUCGAGUCCUACACCAUCACAUUAAGGCCUAUAGGUCUGCAUACCCCUCAGCGAAACUAUGAGGAAGAUGUUAUGUACGGGAAUCAGAAAUCGUGUUACUUUGGCAAGUGCCACGGUAGCUAUUCUGAGGUGCGCAGACGCGCCGGCCCCAUGCAUGUGACCGGGGUCGGUGAAGCGAAGGAUGAUAAGUAUAAGUCCGUCGUGCGUUUGACGCUCGUCGAGGCGAACGAGAACGAGUUGCGGUACAGGCGCAAGGGCAAGGACGCCACCGCCGUGUUCGACGCCGAAGGCAGCCGCGCCGCAUCACUUGCUCGAACAUAUCCCGAGGAUCCGGAACACAAGGGGAUCUUCCAAGAGUGGCUGGAAGAAAACAAAAAGAGGCCGUUCUGGUCUGAUCUUUCGAUUUGUGAGGAUUCCGCUCCUCCUGACAAGCGGAUUUUGGAUAUCGACGGCGAGAUGGUCGUGCGCGACGGAGAGAUCGUGCUCACCGAGAGCGUCGACGGGCGCGAGCCGUUCACCAUCACGCUGAAAAAGCAGUAA